GUGUCUUUUUGUAAAUGCAAUAGCUGCGUUAAGCAAUGUCGUGUGCCUAAAGUAUAUGUAUAUGUAUAUAUUUAUAUGUAUGUGUGUAUAUGUAAUGAAAAUCAGAGAGACAAAAUUACCUAUGAUUGAAAUUGGAAGAAGAAAUGUAUAGACCAAGUGUGGUAUUUAUACUGCACGGGUACCAAAAAUAUGCACCGACGACUGCCUUAACACUUGCUACCAUAGUAUGUGAUGGGAAAGGCAUUAGCCUGUUUUAGAAGGAAAAAAAAUGAUGUAGAAUCCCGUGAGUGUCUCCAUGUUGCAUACUGAUUAUACAGUCAUAGUUUUGUAGUAUGAAAUACUUCCCCUUUUUAAACAAGUUUCCCUUCACGUUUUUAACUAAAGUUCUUUGAAGUUUUCUAAAAAAAAAUAAAAUAAAAAAAUAAAAUAAAAAAGUGCCCCCCACACCCCCGUUUUCUGAAAGUCCUCCAUUCAUCUCCCUCCACGAUUUUCUGAAGAAUUCCCGUUUCCUGAAAGGUUACCCCCCCCACCCCCCCACUCCACCCCUCCCUCCCUCCAUCCCACCCACGAUAUUCUGAAGUAUUCCCGUUUUCUGUGACAGUAUUCCCGUUUUCUGUGACAGUAUUCCCGUUUUCUGUGACAGUAUCCCCGAUUUCUGAAGUACCCCCGUUUCCGUCCCCAGAUGCAACAACAAUAUUACCCUAGCGCCCCGACCGCUCACAGUAGACAAGAGCAGAGAUCUUCGGGAACUCAGGCGCAAUACACCCUAUACAACACCGCAAUUUCUGCAGAAAACGUUCCUCUUAUGCUCUCAGCGACAGGAGAAAGUCGUGCAGGCCCCGCAGAUCCUCCGCACCUGAUCGCUGACCACCGCGUCGUGCCUGCUCAACAGCACAACUCACCCUACCUGGCCGGCAUCCCGACAAUGAGCAGCUUCAACCCCUACAUCGCCUCCUCUCCCGUCAUGACGAUGGGCAUGACCGACGUGGCCUCGCCCAUCACGGGGGUGGUGCCCCAGCAGGUGGUCACGGCUCAGAAGGUGCCACGGACCGACCGACUAGAGGUAUGCCGCGAGUUUCAGCGCGGCGCGUGCAAGAGGCCGGAGCAGGAGUGCCGCUUCGCCCACCCGCCCGAUCACGUGAGCACGACAGACGAGGGCACUGUCACAGUUUGCAUGGACGCUAUCAAGAGCCGCUGCUCUCGUGAACCCUGUCGCUACUUCCACCCUCCCCCGCACCUUCAGGCCCAGCUCAGGGCGAGCCAAGGCCGCGCCGCACAACAACCUGUGGCUUUCCCUGGAAUGGGCGUGCCCUACAAGCGCCCCGCCGGAGACAAGUCGGGCGUGCCGGUGUACCAACCGACGGGGAACGCAGCGUACCAGCAAGCCCUGAUGCAGCAGCUGGGAGGGCAGAGCUUUGUGCCAGUGUCAUGUGAGUAUGGCGGGAGUGUCACCCUGGCGGGGGUGGGGGGCCAGGCCGACACCCAAGACACCACCGCCGCUAACAACCACGCUGCCGCUUCCUCCGCGCAACCCACUCCCUCAUCCUCUUCCUCAUCCACUUCCACCACUACCACCAUUAACUCCCAAACCACUGGCAAAGCCAUCUUCUCUAGCCCUCCUUCCGGUACCACCACCACCUCGACCACUUCCUCCACCUCCUCCUCGUCCUCCGUGGCAGGAGAGACAGCAGGUGCCUCGCCAGCGCCCCUGCCGCCGCAACAGCCAGUCAAUGUGUUCUCAUACACAGGCUAUGCGCUCAGCAAGGGCCUACGCCCUCAGUUCAAGCCGCCCACCUCAGCCCCAACCAUCAUGGGGCCCACAGCUCUCGCCACCCACGGCAUGGUUCCCCCAGGGCUGACUGCGGGACACCUGCCCGGCCUUAGUUACGGCGGUGUCGCGGCAGCACCCUUAGCCAGCAUGGGCGUGACACCCUAUGUGAGCACAGCCCAGCAGUUGGUGGUCCCGGGCAUGACGCACUCCGUGGCGGGCAUGGGGCUGCCGACGGUGGGCCAUGGCCUCGGCGGCAUGGCUGCGGGAAUGGCCCCUGCUUUGGGGGGUGUGGCGACGGCGAGUCUGGGAGGCCUGGGUGGUGGUGUGCCGCUCAUGAGCCCCUCACUCAUGGUGCCCCAGUACCCCGCCUCCUCCAUCCUUCCCCAGUACACCGCUUUGUCCAGUAACACCAACUACUCGCUGGCUCAGGGGGGCGAGCAGCCGUACAAGAAGCUGAAAACUUCAUAAAAGUGUGUGCAUGUGCGUACCGGCUGACGAGCAAGUCUCCCGCCUCUGUAGGUCUACUUCCUUGCGCUCUCCUCGCUCAGCGCCAGUGAGCGAGCAAGACAACAACGACCAGCAUCUAGUGGACUCUAGUCACGCCACUACUAACAUCUACCAGUGUCCUCUAGGGCACAGCGUAACUUACUAACUGGCCUAUAAUUUUGAUUUUAGAUAAUUGACGUAGCACAUGUAUCUGUCACUGUAGUUUUCUUGUUAUUGUACCUGUUUUAGAAGUUUUAGAAUUAAUGAUUUUACCUUUUACGAAAUAUAUGAGACAUAAUGUUGUCAAUUUUAACAAGACUCCAAGUCUUUUUUGCUUUUAAACGACACUGCAGAGCAGACUUGCUGCAUGUCCGCUGGUAACCGGGGUAUGACGCCUGCAUGGUGCUCAGCUCAACACGGUGUUUGUGAUAUGUGAUGCACGGAGACCACACCGCGCCCCGACCCCCUCCCUGCCUCACCCUCCCUAACACCACCCCCAGAACUCCCCUCCCUCCCCCUUACCCCCCUGCGUCCCCUACACACACACUACUCCUGCUGCUGCCGGAGUCCCGAGGGAGACGGUGGUGGUGACGCCAAGAGCGACCGGCAGCAGCAGCAGCAGGAGUGGCAGCGGCAGGUCGGGGGAGGGGGGGGCGUCCUAGAGGGUGAGAGGGGCCAGGCAGGGCUUGUGCAACAGAGGAUUGUCUGAGAUGUGUCAAGAGUAAUCAUUAUACAGUCCCCUCCCCCUCCCCCCCCGAAAACCCACGUCGCGCUCUCACCACGCCCACGGUACGCCCAAGCCACGCCCACCACCACACAUUUCUGUGAUAGUCUCGCUUUGCAAAUGGUCAUUGCAAAUAAAUAUGCAUGUGCAAAAGACAUGGUAGGCGUAGCGGGCGGGCUUAGCUUCCUUUUGCGAGGGCGUAGGUGGGGUCGGGUGGUGAAAGCCGGUGAGUGCCAUAGAGUGGUGGCGUCUCCGUGUAGUCCCUCAGCAUUCCCAGUACUAUUGUAGCACUACUGUACCAUGCUCACGUCCAACUUGAUGUGAUGGUAACUAGGUAUGGGUUAUGUUGAUGUACCUCUGUAAUGCUUCCUUUCUGUAGCCAGGGUCACUAAGGCCCUGCCCGGGCUUAUUCAGUACACAUUGCUCUGUCAGGCAUCAGUUUUUGUUGGACUGCUCUCAUCUUUUUGUCUGUUAUGUAAUCCUAUGAUUCUGUUCAACAUUAUUAUAUUUGCUAGCUUUUAGUGCUUUUCAACAUUGGUCUGGGUAUCAAGUAUAUGUACAAUUUGCCUGUGUAUUUCAGUCCUUUUACUGAUACAAAAUAUUGGCCUAUGUAUAAGAAUAUUUUUAAAAUAAUAAGUCUGUAGAAUGCAUGA